AUGAGCUUACAGGAACAGCAAGACGAUCGUUUCAAAACAUCUUCUAACACUACUGGCGCUCUGACUGGCUACGUAAUUCGACGUAUAACUAACCAUUAUAAUAUCCAACAGCAAUCAAAAAUAGAAGAACAUUGCAGUAGCGUUGAUGAAAAAUGCGAUAACAUCAUGAAGCGUCUCAAUACUCUCGAACAGAAUUUAGAAAGAAUGAAGGACUCAAAUACUAGCAAAAUUGAAGAAAAAUCAGACUGA